CGUAUUGUCGUUCCGAAGUUUAUUAUAAUACAUACUUGUGUUUUUCGUUAAAACUACACACUGACGUGUCCUUACUGGUAACUUAAACUUCUCCUCGUACGAUUUAACCAUGGGACUAACGAUAUCAAGCGUUUUCACAAGGCUGUUCGGCAAAAAACAAAUGCGUAUUUUAAUGGUUGGGCUUGACGCCGCUGGGAAAACUACUAUACUAUACAAGUUAAAGUUAGGUGAAAUCGUUACCACUAUUCCGACUAUUGGUUUCAACGUGGAGACCGUAGAGUACAAAAACAUUAGUUUUACGGUGUGGGACGUCGGUGGCCAGGACAAGAUCAGGCCUCUAUGGCGUCAUUAUUACCAAAACACGCAAGGACUGAUAUUUGUUGUGGAUUCUAGUGACACCAAAAGAAUAGCCGAGGCUGAGAAUGAACUGGCUAAUAUGUUAAAAGAAGACGAGCUGAGAGAUGCAGUUAUUCUAGUAUUUGCUAAUAAGCAAGACAUGCCAAAUGCAAUGACUGCAGCAGAACUGACAAAUGCACUUAAUUUGAAUAAUCUGAGGAAUCGCCGUUGGUACAUCCAAGCUACAUGUGCGACGCAAGGACAGGGGCUGUACGAAGGUCUAGACUGGCUCUCAAACGAACUGGCUAAGAAGUGAGACAUAACAUAAUAUUACAGACAUUGGGAACAAACAUUACAUUCCCACCUCUGGCAACUUCCUCAUUGUGAAUGUUGUAUAAUCUGUAUUGAAUCCAAAAGACUAUGAAAAUUUUAUAUGUAACUAAUUAUUAAGUAGGACUGCUUUAAUAAUAUUUACUAAGUACUCUACAUAUUGUUUCAAAGAUAAAUUUGCUUAGAGGUGUCAACACACUGUAAACAUCUUUAGAGAUAAAUGGGAGCUUACAACAAAGAAAUGCUUGUUUGUGUACUUUUGUCUUUAUUGUGUACUUGAAUAAUGUGUUUGGCACUUAAAUAUGCAAAUUUUUGAUAAUAUUGUUGUUAUUAAAGCAGUUUUCUGUUGAUUUAUAAAAUAAAUAUCCAUAUAUCUAUUUAAUAUUUAUUAGGCCUUUGUCAUAAUACCUCCUACUUUUAAAAUUUCUACAAUUGUAUUUAAUUGAUUGCAAAAUGUUCACAAAAUCUGUAAGUCAGGAUGAGUUUUAAAGAUGUGCUAUAGAUGCUGUGAUGAGGUCAAUCUCAUUCCGUUCCUGACGACGGCGGCGGAAGUGUUGUUUACGCUAUGUACAUCGUCAACCUCAUCGUUACUUACUAUCAAGUGAGACACACGUCAAAUGUGCACUUAUAUUUUUAUAAAGUGGGGAAACGAGGGGGGCAGGUUUAAAUUUUCGUGAAAUGGGUGGGAGUAUGGACCUUGGACUUUACUCCUUGGAGCUCUCAUUUAUCUUGCAACAGCAUAGAAGAAUACGGCAAAGGCCUUCAAAAUGCUAUAACAAAAUACAUUAAAUGCAAUUAAGGUAUAUAUCGUGAAUAUUUCGUGAGUUUAAUUAUAAUUUUUCAUUAACACAUUAUAGUGAGAUCAUUUGAAAUGUAUAAUUACGCAUUUGUAAAAAUGAAAUGAAUAGAAUUGAAUAGCUUAUUAUUGUUUGUAUCCUAACGCAUAGAUACAAUUUCUAAUUCAUUGCAGUUUAAAUUGAGAGUAACAAAUGUUAUAAAAGUAUAAAAAUGAAUUAUUAGUACACUUUCUACGACGCAAACCAUAGAGUAUUUUCCGUAACGUACCUACACUUCUGGUUUUGUAAGGGCAAUGACAAAUAAAUCGUCCGUUUUCUUUAGUAUGUACCGCAAGGAUUUGAUAGAAGCUGACUUGUUUCUUUGGGAAUUUCACACGCUUUUGAGUUCCUGACUAACCUAUGUACGCGUUAGACCCCAAUUUAUCAAAAUUAACUCUUAUUAUAACCGUUAGCACAAGUUUUCAUAAUUCCCCAUUAAAACUGUAUCUUAUGUUAAUGUUGUUACAAGGUUUUAUUUGCAAUCGAAAAGUUUAUAACCUGUGGGAGUGGCCCUGUGCACAAUCCAGGGGUACAACGGAAAACUCACAAACAAUAGUGACAAUAAAUUGGUAUUUCGGAUGAUAGAAAACCAAUAACUUCAUGUUCCAAACACUUAGCUAGAUUUAUAUAUGUAACUGUUUUAAAUUGAUUUUAGUUGAGUAGGGUUUAUGAUACGCAUUUUGUAUUGUCAAAUCCAAGGUAUGAAAGUCCCAAUUUAUUCUGCACAAUUACAAUUUUUGUCAUCAUUUUUAAUCGUUUACUAAAUAAGUAAUGUUAUGUACAUAAUGUAAAAUGUAUCUACCGGAUGUUUUUAUUGUCGUGUGUAGCAUGCCCUUAAUAUUUCAUGCUUUGGAUAUGCGUUCAAGGUUCAUUACGAUAGUGGCAAAUAAAGUUAGGUGUAAAUAAAAAGUCUUUUAUUUUUUUUUAACAACAUACGUUUUAUAUAAUAAUCGAUGUGCAG